AUGGCCCCCACCCGCCGCAUCGCCCAAAUCGUGCACCUCAAGCCCUCCGCAGUGGCGGCCUACAAAGAAUGCCACGCGAGCGUCUGGCCCGAGGUCCUCCAGCAGAUCCAAGAUUGUAAUAUCAGAGACUACUCUAUCUUCUUCGAUAAUGAUCGCACGCUCUUCGCUACAUUCAAGUAUAUUGGGGAUGACUACGAUGGAGACAUGGAAAAGAUGCGCGCGAACCCGAAAGUGCGCGAGUGGUGGGCGAUGACGGAUGGGAUGCAGGAGAGUCCCAUUCCUGGCGCUGUGGGUAGUGCAGAGGGACCGGGGUGGUGGAAGGUCCUGGACGAGGUAUUCCACACGGACUGA